AUGUCUCCAUACAGCGCCGCCGAGGAGAUGGACCGCCUCCAACUCUCCGAUGAAGACACCGAAGACCUCUGGGACUCGCCGUCGAAACGCGGAAAGAAGAAAAUUAACCAGGCUCCGAUUAAGCAUGAGAGUUCCCCGCCAGCAGCAGCUCAGUCCGAUCUUGAUGAGGGAACACUUUUCGACCGUCAAGAGGCCCGAGAGGCUGCCCUCCGAAAUGAAUUACAAUCUGUGCGCAAUAUAAACCAUGUUAUCGAGAGUCUGCUGGGCAGUCUCGAUCGGGCAAAGGGCAAUAUGGACAAUGUCUCACGAACUGUCAAUUCCGCCUCUACCCUUCUCAACACCUGGACGCGCAUUCUAUCCCAAACGGAGCAUAACCAGCGACUUAUACUGGACCCCAACUGGCAAGGCGCGACUCAAGACGCAGCCGACAUUGAGAACGAGGAAUACCUUAGGCAGCAAGCCGCAGAGAGGCGGGAAAGGGAGCUCCAACAACAAAGAGAAGCGGCGGCGCGAAAGGCCGAGGAGGACGAGAGAAAGAGGGCACAGUCAACAACCUCCAGGGGCACGCGGGUCGUUUCCAAGGGACGAGCUCGGGGCGGACUGGGAAGAACACCUAGUGUUUCCUACUCAACAAGUGGAACAAGGACCACGUCAACAACGUCAGGCACAAAAUCAUCUACAACAACUACACGGAGACCGGUCAGUGGGAUCGCGCGGGGUUCGGGGGUGACGCGUGGUCGGGGUAAGCAAUAA